CACCGCCACCGUCACCAUCCCACCCUUCCGGAUCUUUUUGACCUGCUCACUUUUGCUGGAUCACAUGAGAUGCCCAGCCGGAGGAGGAGACUUCCACGAAAGCAGGCCGGCGUGACCUGCUGCGCUCCAGCUCAAGGAAAAAGCCACCCGUCACGGCCACGGGUGACCCGUGAGGCCAACCCCAUCCGAAGCUGCCCAGAAAGAGACCCCUCCCCCCCCCUCCCCGUCGUUUCCUACUCUGCCCUUCCCCUCCCUCUCUGCAUCAUUGUCCUCGUCCUUUCCACAAACAUCUCAUGUGCAAUCUUCUUCCUCCUGUUCGAUGCUGUCGUUCCGUACCUGCUUCCUGAUGGUCGGAUAAGACCACGAAGCUGAGCUCUCGCUGGACUUGAGGGCAGACAGAUCGUUCGCGGAAACGUUAGAUUUGAUCAGAGGAAGAAGAUGGACGAGUUGGUGCUUUGCGCAUUCUCUGUGGGGGUCAAAGUAGCGGCGUUCGCACGUUAUGGAUUUGGGUCAAAGCGAAGGUUAGUUUGGUAAAUCUGCGAGAAUCCAGUUGCGUCUGCUGCGUUAUAUCAAGUCCACUGAUGGGUCUCAGCGGUCAGUGAGCGUCCCUCUCUCUCAUGCAACACGUCGCGAGCCGGGAGAGAUACGUGAUGGGGAACUGUGCGCCGGUGUCGUCCAAGGUCAGGCAGCAGCAGCAGCAGCAGCAACGGCGCUGGACGGCGCAGUGGUCCUCCUCGGCGACGGCGAAGGUGAUACGCGCCGACGGGAAGAUGGAGGAGUACGAGACGGCGGUGCCGGCGGGGCGCGUGGUCGCGAGGAGCCCGGGGUACUACGUCUGCAGCGGCGAGGCGAUGCAGGUGGGAGCUCAUCCGCCGGUGGUGGGGGAAGGGGAGAAGCUGCAGCCCGGGCAGCUGUACUUCCUACUCCCGCUCUCCUACUCCCACCGCCCCCUCUCCCUCCCCGACCUCUGCCUCUUCGCCGCCAAGGCCAGCGCCGCCCUCCGCCUGCCCUCCUGACGUGCAUGUCAUCAUCGAUUCUGUGUGCCGUCGUUAAUAGAACAGCAGCAGAAGCCAUUUUUGCGUAAAGACGAUACGGCUAAAACCCAAAGCUAUAUGUUCCGUCUUCAUCCUCGUAUUCAUAUGAAGCUAAGAUUGUUUCGGAUCGAUGAGGGUUGAAAUCAAGAACUGCAAACAGUUUCUUUGCCCUUCUCUACGAUGCUUACUCGCAGCAGAGCACGAGCGAAACAAAGAGAGAGUGUCAUGGGAAGAGCUUCGACUCUUCUUCUUCCCCUCGGCAUGUUGCGAGGGAGCCAUUCAUUAUUAAUCUCUGGUUACACACUCAGUUUCCAAAGCUUACCGAAGUGGUAUUCUUCUUCUUCUUCUUCUUCUUCUUCUUCUAUUAGACUAUAUUCAAACCCUGUAUAUAAGAUAUCAUUUUAUUCAUCAGAGGAUGGACAAAGCUACCAC